ACCUUUAGUCUCACAGGCGGUUAAGAGCAGGUUGGACUGGUAUAGUACUAUUAACUGAACCGAACGAAAUUGAAACUCAGAAGUUUCUGGUUUAGUUUCCAAUAUAACCGACAUCACCGAUUCAGUUAUAUAUUGCAUUCCCUCCAAAAAAACAGAGUGAGACCUCAUAUGAUAUAAAGAACCCUCGAGAAGCUAAGAAACAAAUCGUCUCCCGCAAGAAAAUGCCUUUCUCUAUCUUCUCCCGCAAGAAACCCACUCGCCGGUUCAACGACUUCUACUCCGACUGGUCCAAAACCCUAACCGACAACUGCCUCCCUCUCCUCCGCCAAUCCCUCUCCUCCGCCGCCUCCGCCUCCGUCCUCUCCUCCAACGUCGACCUCGUCCUCCGCCACCUCGUCUUGUACUACGAAACCCUAGACCUCGCCGCCGACCCCAACACCAUCCCUUACCUCCUCUUCCCUUCGUGGCGCAACUCCCUCGAGACGCCCUUCCUCUUCCUCGGCGACAUCCACCCGUACCUCCUCACCAACCUCCUCCGCUCCUUCAUCGACCGCGAGAAUCAAGAUUCCGACUACGAGGACGAGGACACCCUCCGCUUGAUUCCGGACCUCGUGAACCAGCCCUUGAAGAUCGCCACCGCGUGGAAAGAUCCGUCGGACGAGCUGGUGAUGAGGAUCGAUCAGAUAGAGUGUACGAUGAGGCUUAUGGUUCCUGUUCUUAUGGACCGUGUGAGGAAAGCGCAGAGAGGGUUCGUGUCUCGCGUCUCGGAGAACUGGAUCGCGUCGUAUCAGGUGGGGAAGAAGAGGAAGACGGCGGUGACGGCAGCUUCGGCGGGUGUGGAGGAUGCGGCCAAGGGAGAGAUGGAGGAGCUUGUGAGUAUCUUUGUUGACGCGAACCGUUUGAGGAAGAGUGUGAUCAUGGACAUUGUUGGAGCUACGAGCGAGCAUCAAGCAGCUUUGUAUCUUGAAGGGUUGUGUCAGUUUCUUGCUGGGUUUAAAGAUCAGGUUCUUCUCCAAGAUUUCGAGGUCGUUGCAUUGCCCAAUUAGGAAAAUAAAUAACUCUGUGUUUCUUCAUGGUUGAAUCAAGAUUUGAUUAGUUGUAGAAUGUUUUCAAAAUUUUGUAAAUUUCUAUGGAGUUGCACUCCGUUAUGUUACAUAUUACAUUCUAUAGAGACGGCCAUAGCCGGUUAUUAUCCGGUUAUGUUGAGAUUUUGUAUAGAUGAUAUGGUUUUGUAAGUUUUCCACUUUUCAGAGAAAUGCAAUGUUGCUUACUUGUUUAGCUAGGAGGGCUUAUCCAGCACCUACAAAAACAGAACACUCUUAGGUCUAUGUUUCUUCUUAUACAUAAUUUGGAUGGACUCUCAAAGAAUGUGAACUACUAAGAGUCUAUUUGUUAAUGUUCGUAUGUUAGUUUAGAAAACACUUAACAUUAAUUGAGAGUCAGUCCAAAUUACUGUAUGUAUAAUGUUGAACGAAUAUAGCAUGUCAAUCGGUUUGUUCAGUUGUGGUUUGUUUGGAAUUUUUCGGUUUGGUUUCUAGAUUGAUUGGUUUUCCUUCCAUUUUAACAUGUUAACCCAGAGUUUGCAUCUGGCUGCAGCUGACCAUCGAUGGAGCCCAUGGCAUAGCUGAGAAAUAUUAUCGAGCCCAUAAGCCUAGAAUU